AUGCUCCCGUGUAUUGCCAAACCACGGAGCAUGAAACUGUACCGAUGUCUAACCACAAACCAACCAAGAAGAACCACAGAGACACUCCAUCAGUGGCUGACAUGCUUACUUCGCAGAGGCCUACAGCACGUGGCGCGCAAGCUGACACCAGCCCAAUCAGGCAGGACUCACCAGGCCUUGCGGAUCACCGGACCCUCCUGUAACCCGCUGGAGGACUCUUCCAACGCAACCUUGCAAUCACUGGCAGAGGUAAAGGGGUUCCUGGCAGCUGAAAUAGCACACAUGGCAAAAGAAGUGAAGGCCAAAAUCCACGCCAUAGGGGUGCACAGUACUGUGAUAGAGAAGUGCAUGGCACAUGUGGUCACAGCCCACAAUGGCGCCGCAACCCUCACUAACAAGCUCCUGCACAGAAUAACAGACCUGGAGCUGGAGUUAGAAGACGUAUCCAACAGAUCACAGAGAAAUAAUCUACGUGUCAGAGGUCUGCCAGAAUCAGUGAGUGACACGGACAUUGAAGCAACCCUUAUCACUUGCUUUCGACAAAGCCUGCCUGAUAUCCCCGAACACCUGUGGUUGACAGAGCUUACAGAGCCCUCAGGGCCAGAGGACCAAAGAACAGCCCACCCAGAGAUGUAA